UAACGGUUAAAAUGACGCCUGUAUCCUCUCUAUACCUUGGUAAACCUCAAGUUGAAAUACUAGUAAGCUGAGCUCAAUCUCCUGCGGCUCGAUCUGUCUCUCCCCGCCGACGCCAUGACCGACCGUGACCGAGUUCGCGAUCGAGACCGAGAUAGAGACCGCGAAAGAGAAAGAGACAAGGAUAGAUACAGAGAUAGAGACAGAGACAGAGACAGGGAGCGAGAUAGAGAUCGGAAAAGAGACCGUGAUGAACGCGAACGCGACCGAGACCGGAAAGAAGGGGAGCGCAGCAAGCGGUCUCCUUCUCCUCCCCGUUCGCGUUCAUAUACACCUGACCGUGUCCGAUCCCGGAGAGCCCGUUCCCGCACUCGCUCCCCGUCAACCGACCGCCACCGUCACCGCCAUCGUUCCCCGUCUCGUUCGCGCUCUCCUGACCGUCACCACCGAAGCCGGAAUCACCACCGCCACCGCACUCCUUCCCCCGAAAGCCCUCCCAGAAAACGCCACAAGGAGGAGGGUGAAAAGGAUAGGGAUAGGCAGCGGGACAGGCAGAGGGCCGUUUCGGAUUUCGUUGAUGGAAUUGCAAAGGAGCAUAAGCAGAAGCAGGAUGGAGAGGGCGGCGCAGCUGCGGAAGGGAGUGCAGAGAUGAUUGAUGAGGACGAGCUUGAGAUGAUGAAGAAAUUAGGUAUUCCUGUAGGGUUUGAUUCGACUAAGGGAAAGCCGGUUGCCGGGAACGAUGUGGGCGCUGUGAGGAAAGUGACCAAAAGGCAGCCUCGACAGUACAUGAACCGGCGUGGAGGGUUCAAUCGACCCUUGCCUGCUGAAAUCAAUCGCUAAUACUCAGACUUUGGAUUUGAAGUUUGAACCCUAUGUAGGAAUUAUCUGUUUGAGGAUAUCUAUACAACUAGAUCUCUAGAUGCCAAUUUAGCACUCCAAUUGAUAGGAAAAUUAUCAAACCAUUCAGGAGUUCUGCCCCAAAUUUGUAUUUAAGUUAGUUGGUCUGUCUUAGCAGUCACAUUGACUAUGAAUUUUGUCUCAGUUAAAUUGUGAAGUUGGAUUACUCUGGGAGAAUACCAAAUACACAAGACUAUAAUUCAUUUGAAUUUUAAAAUGUGACUUAAAAUCCCCACCACUAUCGAGUGUUGACUCAUGCUUUAUUGAUUCUUUUGUUUUUGGGGUUUCUUGUCUGCUUGUAGUAGCAAUGUCUUCUUAUAAGCUCUCUUAAAUUCACUUAUGGGUUCUUCUAAGUAAAAACAAGCACAGAGUCAUAGAAUUUCUCUUAGGCAAUAUGCUCAAGUGCUCACACAUUUUAUUGCUCUCAAAUCAAGAACUAAGCAUAUUCACAUGAUAUCCUAGCAUAAACACACAAAACAGUAGCAUACAUAGCAUGAGAAUAUGAGAUCAAAUAAAGUUUAACAAAUGGGGAUAGGAACUUCAAAUUUCCAUUAUAAUUUUGGUUCUUUCAUAGAUUUAGUUCUCACAAGGCUUAAGUACAUACUAUUCAACUUAUACUUGAGUGUGUAUAAAAAUAAUGCCAAUGCUUAUGUCACAAUUGCUUUUAGAGCUUCAAGGGUGCUUGGUUUCAGUACUUCGGCAAAAUAGUUCACUAUUUCAUCCUUUAUUGCCUUUAAAAACUUAUGCACAGUGCUUAUUAGGAACCUAAGGAGUGUUCAAGGGUUGGAAGUGCUUACCUAGUUUGAAUAUCUAUCAAAACUUGAGGUUUUUCCUCCUUAGUCUUCUCUUGCCUCUUUUUCUUUUUUCACUCUCUUUUAGUUUCUCUAUCUAUAUUCCUUUCUCUAAAGAAUGGAGUGUUGUGUGGAAGAGUGAAAGUGAUAUAACAGGCAGGUUUUCAACCGAUCCAAAUUAUAUAUAUUUUGAGUUGGGUGGGUAAGAAUGUGAUGGAGAGCAGGCCUAGACUGUGUUGUGGGGUUGGUUAACCCAUUUUUGAGCUGCUUGAAAAUUAAGAUUUUAAGAAAA